GGGUGCGCCCUCGGAAACCUAUUAUUGUUCUAGCCGUGUGUUUUGCUUUUGUAUCUUUUCUUUUUCAAAAUUUCGGAAGAUAUGUCAGAGGUCUCCAGAGGUGUCCAAUGGCUCUUGGAGUGCCUCGAGAAAUCGACACGGUCAUUGUUGGAAACGGUCCCUCGGCGCUGAUUCUGUCCUACAUCCUCCACGGCAACAUCCCCUCCUACGACGAGUCCAGUCCGCAUCCUGACCACAUCCUGCACGACAAGUUGCAUGGGUGCCACAAUGAUUUGCUCGAUUUCGACGUCGAUGCUCUGACCGACCACUUUGCUGCCUCAAGGUUCUCCUACUCGACCCAGGCACUCCCCGUCAAUGUGCUGCUCGAUACUCUGGUGCGGCCCCUGGGCGAAACCGACGAUGCACAGAAAAAGACAUGUGUCAAAUGGCGAUAUGAUCCUUCGCGGGCAGUCGAACAUGUCAUUGUCGGAAACACAAAGAGUGCGGGUGGACAGUGGGUGGACAAUCCCGUCCAUGCCAGUUGGGACAUUGGAACCCUGAGUUAUGCCGGAAUGCUAUCACUGCCUGGAUACAGCUUUGAUGAGCAUUACAAGAGGCGCAAUGGGCGCUCAUCCCCGGUGUACCUACGACCAUCGAGACGCGAAGUGGCAGAUUACCUCGCAGCAUAUCCCGAGCAGGUUGGUAUCGCGAAAUACAUCCAUAACGGGCAGCAUAUCGCCCAGGUGUCCCGACGGGAUGAAGGAGGCUUCUACAUUGGUUCGCAUGACAUCCUCUGCAAGACCCUUGUCCUUGCGUCGGGUAUCUUCGACACUCUGAUCCCAACACCCGCCAUGUUAGACCCUCUUAUCGGGCUGGACCAUAAUGUCGCUGCAAGUUCAAGCUCAAACUCAAGCUCGCCAGACCCCAUACUGGUCGUUGGAUCCGGCUUCAGCGCUGCGGAUGUCAUCAUAUCCACGCCCUCGAAUCAGAAAAUCAUCCACGUCUACAAAUGGGCGCCGACGACUUCUCCUUCUCCACUCAGAGCCUGUCAUCAACAAGCAUAUCCCGAGUACGCAGGCGUCUACCGACGCAUGAAACUUGCCGCCAUCUCGACUCCGCAGCCCAAGGAUAGACGGCCUCGACCUCGAAACCUGCGCUCGCAUUCCGACUUUGACGUCAGUCGAGAUUGGAAGGCCACGUAUGAAGGCCUGCCGAACGCCGAGAUUCUUGACGUCAAGCUCACGGAUGAGGGGCUGGCGUUGGUCACAUUCACCUUCAAAGACGGUGACGAGCGGUCUUCCUUUCAGCGCCGAAUAAACAGCCUUGCAUAUGUGGUGGGAAGACGUGGGUCGCUGGACUAUCUCUCAACAGACCUGCGGGCCGAAUUCCUGGCUGGUGAUUGCGGCGGCAUGAUAUCAGGCCAGACUCUCCGUGAACAGGCCAACGAGGACCUCGAGAUUGCUCCGCACGUUUUUGUGAUUGGCAGCCUGACUGGUGACUCGCUGAUCCGCUUCGCAUAUGGCGGCUGUGCGUAUGCCGCUGGGAAGAUCAUGAAGCGCUCCCGCUCGCGCUCUGACAAUGCAACUACAACAGCACCGCCAAGCACUCGUUCUUCAGGAAGACGAGAGAACGACGUCGCCCGUCCCGACGGAAACGGCAUCAUCAGAUUGAGCUCGAUGCUGAACGACGGUAAUGACCAAAGCGAGACAGCUACGCCCUCGCCCCAGAUACCGGCAAUGAAUGGUCUCGAUGGCCACGAGGCCGGUCCGAUGAGUCUUGCGAAUGGAGGCAUGCCGCUGGAUCGGCGGAAGGACUGAGAAGGCGGAAACCUAGAAGAGAUGGAUCUCGCGCGCCGAUAUCGACGGCGCAAAAAUCCUUCUCACUUAAACUCGACGGCUGGGCUUUUUCUUUCUAUACAUCAUCUAGACUAGCACUUAGAUCUGUAUAUACCCCCCGGAUAGUCACUACGAGUAGUAGGUAAUUAAUGAUACCAUACAAAUACUGA